CCCACCACCUUAAUUUCGCAGUAUGGUCGAUGACAGUCUCAAAAUUUCUAGGUUAUGUUUAAAACUAAUCAAUCAUUUUAUUUCAAUCUAAUUAAAAAACUACUCCAAAUAUGAGCGUACAAUCAGAAAACGAGUUCAAACCGAACGAGGAGAUUUUAGAAUGUUUAAUUACAAUGGGAAUUCCGAAGCGAGCUGGGGAACUUGCUCUGUAUUAUACAGGAAAUAGUUCCGCUGACGCUGCAGCUGCAUUUUAUUUUGAUAAUCCGGAUAUAGAUGAAGCUUCAUUUUCGUUGUACAACGAUGAUGUUCGAGAGACUCAUGGUCAUCAAACUGUUGAUGUUGAGGAUGAGGAAGAAGUAGAAUUUGCAGUGGGGACACGAUGUAAAAUGGUUUUUGUGGUGAAUACAUCACUAGGGAUGGGCGUGGGAAAAGUGGCUGCCCAAGUAGGUCAUGCAACUUUAGGACUUUAUAAAAGUUUGGUUGAUGAUAAUAGUGUUGUUAAGGAUUUACAGGAAUGGGAAAAUUUUGGCGAAAAAAAAGUUGUAGUUAAAGGUGAAACGAGCCAACACCUCUUAGAUCUUUAUAAAUUAGCCAACGACAACAAAAUACAUUCCUAUUUAGUACAAGAUGCUGGUUAUACACAAAUAGAACCGGGAUCUAUAACAGUAUUGGGCUUAUUCGGCCAUGAGAACGUCGUAAAUACCAUUUCUGGUACAUUAAAAUUGUUAUAGGACUGCAAGCUUACGAAUUUUAAUUUAAAUCGAUUAAAUUAAAAAAUGUAACGGUAACAAGAAAAGAGAAAACGAAUAGUAACGCAAUAAUCUUCUUCGUAUUGAGUAACUAUAAGAAUGUUUUUGGCAUAUUUUUGUUUCUUAAUCUAGCACUGUGUCAAGAAUAUCGAAAGAAAAUGCCUUUUUUAGGAAAAACUCACUUUAUCCUUUUCAUAUUUAUCUCAUUCUCUUGUAGAUGUUAUUUUUGUUGAUAUUAAUGAUUAAUAAUAAUAAAAAA